AUGGUCUUUUUCCGUAAAAAUACAGUCGCUAUUACCGAAAGAGGCCUCCAAUUUUUAGCGAUUCAGAAGUCAGAGUCUAUUUUGAGAGAAAACCCUUGCCGAAUAUGGAGACUCGCUGAACUCGAAAAUUGGAAAAGUAUGAAGCUUCAAGUCCUCUUCCUGCUCUCCCUACAGAAUCACUACGAAGGCGCUUCUACAAAUGCUAGUAGUAGAAAAUGCGAGGCAGAAAAAUACAUCGGAAAAGAACGGUUUUCGCAACUAAAGAAAGAAUAUAUGGACCGAUAUAUAAGCAGUCUUGAGAAAGCAAAAGAAAUUGAAGACUUGUACUACCCAGAAUCGACUUCCUUUGAGCCCGAGUUCGACAGAAAUGAAGACUUAGAAACCGAAGCGACGAAAACUUACGGAAACACUGAUCAUUACAAUGAGUUUGUGACGUCCAUGACAGCCAAUAGAAAAAAAACGACUCCUCUGAUCGUCUACCAGCCAUUCGAAAGUCGCCCUACGGUUGGCGCUUAUCCAGCGUCUCCUUCAACGCCCUUGACCUCGAUAACAACGAUGACAAGUUCAACGAGAACAAGCUCGAAAUCUACUCCGAUCUCCAAGCCAAUCCCUUCAACAGUUUCCUCAAUAACGACAACAACGAAAAGACCAAAAUUUCCAGAAAUCAGCAACAACAACGAAACCAUUCAAGCUUCAGCGAAGAAAUCUUCUUCAAAACAACUAGCUGGAAACAUUCUUUUUGUUUUACUAGCAAUUUUAGGCGCUUUUCUCUUCUGA